AUGGCAGAAAUUAAGAUAGACGAUACAGUCCUUAUCAAUGUCCGUGACAAGGUAGUCGUUGUUACAGGAUGUGCUCAAGGGAUCGGGGCAGAGACGGUUCGCCAAUUGUUCCAAGCGGGAGCUCAUCUAGUUGCCGCGGACCUGAACGACAUCAAGGGACAAAACGUUAUCGAUAAACUCAAACACGAUGCACAGGGGCAGCGUUUAGAUGCAACAUACGUGCAUGUUGACGUUUCGAGUUACGAUUCAGUGCAUGCAUUGUUUAAACACGCCCUGGAUCUUCAUGGCAGAGUGGACAUGGCCAUUCACUGUGCUGCUAUUACAGAGGUUGGAGGGUGGUUUGCUCCUGGAGCAGAUUUGGAUUCUAUUACGAGUCCACCUACAACUAAAGUCCUCGAAGUCAAUCUCUUCGGGACACUCUACUUUACUCAUGUGGCUUUAGCAGCUAUGAGGCCUGGUUCCAACGCACAACUGAUUGAUGAUAAAUCAAUCACACUUAUCUCCUCAGUCGCAGGAUUCAAAGAUUCUCCAGGAUUGUUUGCCUACUCAGCAAGCAAACACGGCGUCAUGGGGCUCAUGAGGUCUUUGAGGGGAUACCUACCGUCAACUUUCAACGUGCGCAUAAACGUUGUUUGUCCUUGGGCCACUGAUACCGAAAUGAUAAGUGGAGUGCGCGAUAUCUGGUUUCAGAACUCUUUACCGGUAAAUAGUCCCGGGGAAGUCGCCAGGAUUAUCUUACAGUGUAACGGGGAUAAGAAUAUUCACGGAAAAGCUAUCUAUGUUGCUGGCGGGAAAGGCUUUGAUAUUGAAGAAGGCAUCAACCGAACAGAGCCUGACUGGUUGGGAGAAAAGCAGGCUAUUGAUCUGGAAAAAGGCCAACAGGUACUUGGAACAGGGUCCGGGUGGACAGACAAGCAGACCUAA